AUUCUGUAUUACCUUUUGAAGCUUGUACUCAAACAACUCAACAUCUCGCCAAAGAACCUGAAGUGUCGAAUAAUGUCAGUCGAUUUACUAUUAUUAGAGAAAAUGAAGAUUUUAACACUUCAUUUUAUAAUCAAUCUUAUUGUCAUAAAGAACAUUAUUCUGCUAAUAGUAAUGUUCAUUCAUUAUCACUAUCAGAAACCUUCUCAGCUUUAAUAUCUUAUUCAUCUCAAUUUGAUAAUGCUAAUACAAACUCAA